ACGUCGCGCGUAUUCUCAGCAUCUUAAGAAGACGCCGGUUUGAGGUGGGAGCAGAUAGUGAUGCUGCCGAGCUGAGGCGGAAUUCCACUAAGAAGGGAACCGAGAGCCCAGAACCCAAAGCAUGGUUCAGCACACACAGCGCGCUGGGUCCCGCCAGGCCACUCAGCCGGUUGGCAGGGAGCUGCUGGCGGCACCAGCCUGCAUCCCGGUGCCACCGAAGCCGGACUGGUGUAAGACGGCGUCGGGCCACAUCAAGCGGCCCAUGAACGCGUUCAUGGUGUGGUCCAAAGUGGAGCGAAGGAAGAUCAUGGAGCAGGCGCCGGAUAUGCACAAUGCCGAGAUCUCCAAACGGCUCGGGAAACGCUGGAAGCUGCUGAAGGAAGCAGAGAAGAUCCCGUUUAUCCGGGAGGCGGAGCGGCUCCGGCUCCAGCACAUGGCCGACUACCCGGACUACAAGUACCGGCCCAAGAAGAAGCCCAAGACGGACGGCUGCGCGCUCCCCCCGGGGAAGACGCAGCCGCAGUCCCCGGAUAAAAGCAGCGACAGAGCCGCCAGUAAAAGCUCCAGGAAACUCUCCAAGUUGAAGCCCAACAGAGCGGUGCCGGGUCCGGGCAGACCCAGCAGCCAGCAACCGGACCUCCGGUACCGGUACCUGUUGACUGCCAGCAACGGGACGGGACCGAGCUUUACCGACGAUGAGGAGGAGGACGACGACGAUGAAGACGAGUCUGAGGAGGAAACGGACCCGAAAGCGGAGGCUUCUGCCGAACCGGAGGGCACCGAUGUGUGUGCGUCCUCCACCCGGCUGUUCUACAGCUUCAAGAACAUCACCCGCCAGGGAAGCGGCCCGUCCUCCAGCGCCUCCCUGUCCCCAGCGCCCUCGUCCCGGUCCGGCUCCACCUCGUCCUGCUGCGGGGACGACCCGGACGACCUGCCCGCGGACGGCAACGACUUCACGCUGAGCCUCGUGACCGGGUUCCACUCCUCGUCCGAGCCGUGGAACCCGUCCUCCAGCUCCGCCCCGGCGAACCUGAGCCUGUCACUGGUGGACAAAGACCUGGACUCGUGCAGCGAGGGUAGCCUCGGUUCCCACUUCGAGUUCCCGGAUUACUGCACCCCGGAGCUCAGCCAGAUGAUCGCGGGGGACUGGCUGCAGGCGAACCUCACGGACCUGGUGUUCACCUGCUGACGCCGGUUCUGGACCAGAGGGCCAGAGACCGGGCUGAAUGAAGGGAAAGCACCGAACUAUGCAUUCCCCAUCCGGACCCAUGUUGACUUUUAUGAACAGUAGUGUCAGGGUCAAAUCUUUAUUGUUGUUGCUUCCAGCCGGACAGUUACAUGACUUGCUCUUUUUGUUUUGAGUUUGGGUUUUCAGGCUCCCUCUGGGUUCAAACCGAACCUUCCACAGAUAUGGCAGGAAACAGUUUUGAUAUGACGUAAGCAGACAUACCUCAUCUUUCUAAAAAGUAAAAGACUAUUUUGAGCUUAUUUUUGUACAGUCAGGGUUUUCAGGCACUUCGGUUCCGACUGUCACUGAGCCUGCACACGGGGGGUUCACGGUACCAGAUGCAGUUUUGUUGUGUAACUAGUUCACGAGAGACUGGAUUUUGUGUUUCUAUUGCUUUUGUUUCUCGUUAUUUUUGUGCAAUAUAAAGAAAAGAAGAGAAAGGACCGGACUGGUCCGAUUUCUGUAGCAGGAGGAGAAACUGCUCCCAAGUGUGUCUGUCAAUACACAAAUAAAUCAGCUGGAACUGAGA